CUUCCCUGUCCUUCUUUAUUUAUUUAUUUUGUAUGGAAUAUUCUCCGUCCUAAAUCCCCGGCACCCCUCUACCUCGCCUUGGAAGCUCCACCAUCCAAACUCCUGCGGGGUUUUCGAUCCAAAACUGCCUGAAUCUUAUCGACAACUCUGUUUUCUUUACUAGUCAAACUGUUUCAAUCACAAGUAAGUCUUUGACCUCUGACAUUUUUAUCAGCAAGUCAAGUCCAGUCCGCUUCAAGAAGUUCAUUUGAGAGCCUUUAGUUUUCGGUCCAUGGCGGUCGUCCGGGAUUUAAGUCCUAUGCGUGGUACUAUUAUAACGAAAAUCCCUUGUUUGGAAUCAAAGAAUUGGGUCUUUGGAACCCCCUUUUUUGGUAGUGGGUUUUGUUGCAAUGGAGGGAAGAUGAAGGGAAAGGUUGGGAUUGGAGUAAGAGCAAUGGUGCGAGUGAGUGGGGAGGAAUCCGAAGGUUUGCGGGAUUUCAAGGGUUUAAGGGGAGUUUUGGGGUUUGAUGUGGUUUCGGAGGGGGAGUUGAGGGAGAAGGGAUUUAUGGGAAUGAGGAAGACGAAGCUCGUGUGCACAAUCGGACCGGCGUGUUGCUCUUUGGAGGAUUUGGAGAAGUUGGCAUUGGGAGGGAUGAAUGUGGCAAGGCUUAAUAUGUGUCAUAAUGCGAGGGAGUGGCACCGAGAUGUGAUUAGGAAGAUUAAGAGCUUAAAUGAGGAAAAAGGAUUUUGUGUUUCGGUUAUGAUUGAUACUGAAGGUAGUCAGAUUCAUGUGGUGGAUCAUGGAGCUCCUUCCUCUGUCAAAGCAGAGGAUGGUUCAAUCUGGCUGUUUACAGCACAAAAGUUUGAGGGUUCGCGUUCAUUCACUGUUCAAGCUAACUAUGAAGGUUUUUCUGAAGGUAUCGAGGUGGGAGAUGAACUUAUUAUUGAUGGUGGAAUGGCAGGGUUUGAAGUAAUAGAAAAGAUUGGGAGUGAUUUACGUUGUAAGUGCACUGACCCUGGUUUAUUCCUACCUGGAGCCAAAUUGAGCUUUUGGAGAGAUGAGAAGCUAGUGGGGAGGAAUUAUGGGCUUCAUACUCUAUCAACUAAGGAUUGGGCUGACAUUGAAUUUGGAGUUUCUGAAGGUGUCGAUUUCAUUGCCAUGUCAUUUGUAAAUGAUUCUGGUUCUGUCAGACAUCUUAAGAACUACCUCUCCACCAAAUCAUCUGCAUCCACGAAGGUAGUGGCAAAGAUAGAGAGCUUGGAGUCUCUACAGAAAUUGGAAGAAAUAAUAGAGGCCUCAGAUGGAAUCAUGGUGGCUCGGGGUGACCUUGGAGUUGAGAUUCCACUUGAACAGAUUCCUAUCGUGCAAGAAGAAAUAGUUCAUCUUUGCAGGCAACUAAACAAGCCAGUAAUUGUAGCUUCUCAACUUCUCGGGUCCAUGGUUGAAUAUCCCACCCCAACACGCGCUGAGGUUGCAGAUGUUUCUGAAGCAGUUAGGCAGUAUGCUGAUGCACUGAUGUUGUCCGGUGAGUCAGCUAUUGGUUUAUAUGGACAGAAGGCUCUUUCUGUCCUGCAGAUGACCAGCAAUCGAAUGGAAUCAUGGGGUCGUGUGGAAAAUCAACAAAGUCGUCUCCAUCAGUAUCAACUUGGAGUAUCAUUGCCUGAUCAAAUUGCUGAGCAGAUAUGCCAAUGUGCUGCAGAAAUGGCUAACAAACUUGGUGUGGAUGCAAUCUUUGUGUACACGAAGCAUGGACACAUGGCAUCACUCCUGUCACGCAACCGUCCAAACCCUCCCAUAUUUGCAUUCACGAAUGAUGAUAGCACCCAUAUGGCUCUGAAUCUGCAGUGGGGAGUAAUUCCGCUCCUUGUUGAUUUAUCGACUGACAUGGAAGCUAACAUCUCAGAAACCAUUGAUCUAAUAAAAUCAGGAGGGAUGCUGAAAGAGAGAGAUGCUGUUUUGGUGGUCUCAGACGUCCCUCCAACCCCUGCAACCCCAAUGGCUUUCCAAUCAAUCCAGGUCAAGACCAUCACUUAAGGACUCAAUCUUUCCAUGAUAUGCUGUGUAACUAAAGCCUAGGGUAGCUCAAUUACUCGGAUUAUCAUCCUUCAGGACUAAGUAUUUGUGCAGAUUGUAGUUUUGGUUUUAUUUGUAUUCAAUGUUCAUAACACAGUUAAAAUUGUUGUCCCCUAUUUGGUUGUUACUUGUA